CUGCUACUACUACUACUACUACUACUACUACUACUGCUACUACUACUACUAUUAAUACUCUACUACUACUACUGCCACAAGAACUACAACUGCUGCUACUUCUGUGUUAGACAGAGAGUUUCAAUAAGUAUGAGGGCUACAAUCUCACUGCUGGUGCUGCUGUUCUUCAUGUGUGAAGUUCAGACAGAGAGCCAGAGCACUGGGACUGCUGCUGCUGCUGCGGUCACUAUCCAGCUGGACGUCUCUGCUGAGCUCAGGGAACUCAGAGACAUGGUGGUGGAGCUGAGAACGACUUUGAGUUUCACCCAGAAUGAGCUUCAGAACACCAAAUCUCUACAAACAGAGGUGGCCGUGCUGAAGGCCAGACUGACUGCUACUGAAACUGAAGUGCUGAAUCUGAGGAAGGAAACUGCAGCACAAGAGGCAGUGCUGACAGCAGUAAAGACCAGACCAGUGGAGAAAGAGAUCACAGAGCAACCCAAGGUGGCAUUCUCAGCAGCUCUGGGUCAAGGAUACAUCGAGUCUGGGAAAACUGAGCUGAACUUGGUCUUCACUAAAGUCAUCACCAAUGUCGGAGAGGCCUACAGCAGCAUGACAGGCUUCUUCACAGCUCCAGUCAGGGGAGUCUACUACUUCAGAUUCACUGUCAUGGAUACACCAUCCGCAAACCAUUUGUACAUCAAGAUGUGUAAGAAUGGAGAGCGGAUCAUGUGGUUAACAGAGUAUGAUGCACAUGGAACCCGCACCUAUGUGUCCGGUGGUUUAACUCUGCAGCUGGAGGUGGGAGAUGUAGUUAACAUGCGACUCCCUGCAGGCUACAGGCUCUAUGAUAAUGUUGAUAAUCACAGCACCUUCAGUGGCUUUCUGAUCUUUCCUCUCUGAAUGGAACACACUGCUCAACAUGAUGCUGAUGCUGACAAGUCAUAAAUAAAGUACAAAUGAUUACGAGCAAACAAACCAAAGAUCCUUGCUUUAACCCUCUCUGAACAAACCCUGUUGUUCUUUUCGUUGUUCUUGCUUUGUGAUGAUUGCACACUUGAAGCAUUAGUAAAGCAAAGACAAAUACAUAGAAUACUGCAGUCUAAGUAGGAACUAAGGCAUACAUGGGCAACAUACGGCCCGCGGGCCACAUCCGGCCCGUGGGCUUUCCCUGAUCAGCCCGCGUAAGGUUCGUGAAAGAACAAUAGUCAGGAGCCUAGCAUAGAGAUAAUGCACGCAAAUGAAUAACGUUGCUUUUAUUUUGAAAGCGACUGCUAUUUGUACACCCAUACAUUUGUCUGUGGAUGCAUACGAUGUAAACACCCUCACUUAUGUGCUGGUGAAUAGAAUUUAUGCUUCUGCGUCGACACAAUGCAGUUGCCUUUAAGUCGGCGUAAACCUUUCAAAGUUUCCUGCUCCUGCUGUUUGUUGGCGAAACGAAGUGUUAAUUUCAAAACGUU